AGAGACCUAGAUGAUCGUAUUUGAAUGUAUUCAUACCUUUAAAACCAAACCGCGAUAGUUUAAUAUAUUCCCCCCUAUCAUACACCGCUACGCUUUUUACUAUGGCGGUGUAAUGUCGUAUUAUAUAUAGUACAGCAGUGUGAAGCAGGACUAAUACAUGUCGGAAAACCACCUGUGACAAAAAAACUACAUUUGAAAAAUUGAUUUACAUAGGAAUAUAAGUGGCCAGUUUGCUUUUAUUUCAUGUGAUUAGCAUUUAACAGUGCCCGCGCGUAAUUGAUGGAUACUGUGAAUUGUUAAAAAUUGGACCGUUUCAAAGCGGGAUGGUAUAUACUCGAGGGUCAGUGGCUCGAGAAGUUUAAAAGUGGGUCUUUAUAAUGUUUGCAUGGUUGAAACGAUGAAGUUUCAGAAAAAUGAGAAAGCCUAGACAUUUGGAUUUAACUUUAUGUAUUUUGUUACUGGAGUUAUAUAUUUUGUACAUAAAUGGUGAAUGUUUAUAUAAUGGAAAAUCGUACUUGAAACACACAGUGUGGCAGCCAGGACCUUGUACGGUGUGUACCUGUGAGGAUCCUAUUGUACUGUGUGAAACAAUCAGAUGUACAGAUCCACAGUGUGACUAUGACAAGGGAGAGUACCUGGAGAUAUCAGCUGACAGCUGUUGUCCUGAAUGUGAACCUAAACUAGCCUCAUGUACAUAUCAACAACAAAAUAUACCUCAUAAUACCGAGUGGAAUCCUGAGCCAUGCGUAAGCUGUCGGUGUGAUGACGGGGAGGUCGAUUGUGCCAAAUUACCAUGUCCUUCAAAAACGUGUAAACCAGGGGAGAUUAUCCAAAACCUACCGGGACAAUGUUGCCCACAAUGCAUUCCUGCUGGCAGGCCAUGCAUGUAUGAUGGGGAACAAUAUCCAGAUGGUUCAGACUGGGAGAUUUUACCAUGUACUAAAUGUGUCUGUACAGACGGCCAACAUUCCUGCUAUCCUGUUGAUUGUCCACCAAUAGUUUGUGCUGAGAAUGCAGUACUGGAGACAGUUCCUGGAUCAUGUUGUCCUGUUUGCCACAGUCUGAAUGCUACAUGUAGAGAAGACAACAAAGAAUACAAGACUGGUGAACAAUGGAACAGGAAUCCAUGUACACUGUGUGUUUGUAUUGGUGGUACAGUUGUUUGUACAAGAAGGGAAUGUAUUGGCCCUACAAUAUGUAAUGGGGGUGAGGAGAGAGUGACACGACCUGGUGAGUGUUGUCCGGAAUGUGUGCCAAAAUCUGGUGUAUGUAGUGAUGAGGAACCAAUACGAUUUAGUGGCGACAUUUGGAACACAUCGACAUGUGAUUACUGCAUUUGUAAUGAUGGGGAAGUGCAAUGCCAUACUGCUAUCUGUGAAAAUAUUGUCUGCUUUAAGGAAGAAGUGCUGGUCCACCUUCCAGAUACAUGUUGUCCUCAAUGUAUCAUCCCUCCAUCUUGUGAAUUUGCUGGUCAAGUUUACACUGAUGGAGAGAGAUGGAUGACAGAUGAUUGUAGAGUAUGUUUCUGUGACUCAGGGAAACCUAAAUGUUAUACUCAACAUUGUCCAGCUUGUCCUGCAGGGACUAGAUCUAUAGCUGAACCGGGGGAGUGCUGUGGUACCUGCCAGAAAGUUAUGUGUAGUCCGGAGUGUUUAGAUUGCCAGCCCUCGGCACCAGACAACUGUACAGAAUGUACAAAUACCAAACUGUUUACACAAGAUGGCCGUUGUCUACAUAUGUGUAGAAUGGGAUAUUACCCAUCACCCUCUGGUGUAUGUACACCGUGUCAUAAAACAUGUUACACAUGUGUAGGUGGGACCCAGUAUCACUGUGAAAUGUGUCAGCCUGGUCUAAUGUGGAAACACGGGGAGUGUGUUAAUCAGUGUGGGCUUGGAUACUACCUACAGAAUGGUAGAUGCCUUGAAUGUGCAGCAUCAUGUAAGAGUUGUAAUGGGCCACGCCCAGACCAAUGUGUGUCAUGUACUAACCCCGCCCAGGUCGUGUUUCAUGGUGCGUGUCUGGAUAAAUGUCCAGAUAACUUCUACAUCAGAUCAGGAAAAUGUAUAGCCUGCCACCCGACGUGUAAAACCUGUACACCAGACGGAUCUGCCUGUGACUCAUGCUGGCAAGGUGGUUUCUUACAUCUCGGUCAGUGUGUAACAAGAUGUUCUGUUGGUUUCUAUGCCAACCAAGAUGGCUCCUGCUCACCUUGUCACCCAGCUUGUGAAUCGUGUAGUGGAGGAUACAGUAAGAACUGUACGUCCUGUUAUCCUGGUUCCCGUAUCAGCAAGAAGGGCAAAUGUAGAAGUGUAUGUGAGAAGGGGAAAUACAUGUCUGUAGAUGGCACCUGCAAGAAUUGUGAGACUGGUUGUUCAGAAUGUCAUGAAUCAUGGAACGGUGAGACGUCUAUAUGUAGUACAUGUGACGAUAGAGACCUGUUACCCUCCGGUAGCGAGUGUAUUGAAGAAUGCCCGUCAGGACAAUUCCAGGAGUACAAAGUCUGUAAAGAUUGUGGAGAGAAUUGUUUGGCAUGCACAUCUCCAACUGGAUGUACAAAAUGUGGGUCUGACAUGUUGAUAUACAGGGGCCUGUGUGUAGAGAGGUGUGCACAAGGACAGUUUGAAGAUGGCUCUUCUCUAGCUUGUAAAGAUUGUAAUAAGGACUGUCUGCGUUGUUACAGCGAGAAAGAAUGUAGUGUAUGUAAUAGUGAGACGUUCCUCAAGAAUGGUGGGUGUGUCACAGAAUGUGGGCAGGGCUUUAUGCCAAAUAUGGAAACAAGAGAAUGCCAACGUAACACAGAAGCACCAGUGUUUAUUGUAUUAAACCAUGUUGAGGUGGAGGAUGGAGGUAUUGUUCCUCUACAUCUUGGCCUGUUCUACAUUUCGGACACUGAUACAGCAAUUGAGAACCUUUUUGUUGUCAUAGUAACAUCACCUACCAAUGGUGACCUUGUGAAGGUCAUUGAGGGUAAAGAUGUAGAGGUCAAAGCAGGUUUAAACAUCAGUGUUGCUGACCUGAUGAUGGGCAAGGUCAGGUUUAGGCACCAUGCUGGAAAAGCUUUCAAAGGAAAAGCUACACUACAAGUAACUGACUCCCAGUUAAACAGCCACCAAGGGUACCUGUAUUUCCAAGCCAUACUACCAUCAGCAAUUUCCAUAGCAACAAGGUCGUUUCUCAUAGCAACUAAAGCUGAUGUGACCUACAUUUCUCCAGAUGUCCUUGACCUUAUAACAUUGGAAAGUCCAGAUAAUGUGAAAAUGACUGUUUUGAAAGGUCCAAAAGAGGGUACACUGUACAACAGCAAUUUGAGAAUACCUGUUCGAAUGUUCACAUUGAGUGAUCUAAGGUCAAGGGUCAUAGGGUACAAACAUAAUCCUGAAGGUCGUCAAGGACAAGAUACUGUGCUCCUGCAAGCUUCUGAUGGAUUCCAUCUGAUCACUUUCCUCUUCCAUAUAGAAGUUAGAGAGAAGGAGAAUCAUGGGCCAGUGUUGAUGCACAACAAAGUGGGUCAUGUAAUACUGGGGGAAAAAUUACAGAUAUCACCUGACCUUCUGUUGGCCAAGGUCAUGUCAGAAGCUGGUUCCCGCAGAGAGCAAGUUGUGUAUACCCUGGUUCCCCCUCUCAAUAAUCCAUCAGAUGGUGAGAUUAUGAUGGUAGUACCAAUACCACCCACGGGUGUCGGGCACGGCUGGGAGGACCUUGGUGAUGGUAACAUGGCUGCCAGAAUGACCAGGUUCUUACAGAGAGAUAUAGAUGAGGGCAGAAUCUGGUAUAAAAAUAAAGGAUCUGCGGCCCUUACAGAUAUCAUCAAAUUUGAGGUGGCAGACAUGGAUUCAGCAGUGGGGGUUCUAACAGAUCAAACCUUCAAGAUUACUGUGAGAGAAAAGAAGUAUCCAGGACCGACCACACAUCCUACAUUAUCUAAUGGUGCUACACUAGGAAUACGGGUUAUGGAACAACAGCUGGUUCCAAUAACAAGUACUAGCCUGAGUUUUAUAGACCGGGACACAGGCCCUGCUGGGAUACUCUUCACAAUAACACGCCCUCUUAGACUCCAUGAUGGUAUUAUAGAACACAUUGAGAGACCUACACAGGUGUUGACGAGUUUUACACAAGAUGAUGUGAAUAAUAAUAGGAUUAUUUAUAGACCACCAGAGGCAGAACUAGGUUACAAGGAGAAGGAGGUUUUCUUCUAUUUCACAGUAACGGACGAGGAAGUUGAUGUACCAGUCCAGGAGCAUAAAUUCUCCAUUAUUUUGGUACCAGUCAAUGAUAAACAUCCUCAGUUCAUGUCAUCCAUACCAAGGCUUCGUGUUUCUCAAGGUGGAAACAUUCCCAUUGGUCCUUCUGUAGUGGGUGUGGUUGAUGAAGACACGCCCAAAUCUGACCUUACAGUGACCUUGACCAGAGCUCCUCAUAAUGGAAAACUGGAGAAAGUUGAAAAAGGACUCAAAGCAAUUGUCAGACAAGGCGACACAUUCACAUAUUCUGAAGUUGAGAUGAACGUGUUUCAGUACCAGCAUGACGGCUCUGCAGGAUUAUACGACACCAUGCAGUUAUCGGUCAGUGACGGGGAACAUUCUACAUCAACCUCCAUUGAUAUCACAGUGAUGAGAGUGGACCAGUCUGCUCCAUUCAUGUUGCCGUCUGCUAUAUGUAGACUGGUUGUCAGAGAAGAACCUUAUGUUUUUUUGUCAUGCCCCAAGCUAUAUUAUGAUUUUUUCAGGAACAUCCAAAUUUGUGACAAGACAAGUCUUGCAUUUACUGACAGUGAUGAUGAGGACUAUAAUCUCAACAUUAUACUAACCAUGGAACCCACACAUGGUAAACUGUUGCUUAGCAACCAGCAGGUUGUAGUUAGAGAUGUAUUCACACAAGCUGACAUUAACAACCAACUGUUGAGUUUCCUAGCAGAUUCAGAGAUUGGUGAUGAAUGUGUGACAGAACUUCUAACUUUUAAUGUAACAGACACCAGUGGAAAUAUCCUUCCUGAACAGACUCUCACUGUACUCAUUGAACCUGACAAUAAUCUCCCACCAGUGGUCAAGGUCAUAUCAGGGGUCAAGGUUCAAGAAGGAGGACAAGUUAUCCUAACAGCAGAUAACCUUGAGAUAUCUGACCCUGACACUGUUUUAGAUGACCUUAUUGUUGUCAUAGAAACACAGCCAAGAUUUGGGGUCAUUAAGGAUAUUGCACCAGUUGAAGGAUCAGAAUUAUUGGAGGACAGACUGGUUUUAUCUUUUCCUGUAUCAGACCUCUUAGAUAACUACAUAAUCUAUAUCCAGUCUGACAACUUGAACAAGGAACCAAUCAGAGACCACUUCCUGUUCCACAUAGAGGAUGGAAAGAACAGAUCACCUUCCCAUCUUUUCAAUAUCUCAAUAAUGCUGAACUAUUAUCUGGAAGGCAUUAUAUAUUCGUGUAUCUUUGCUCUUCAUUCUGGAACUCAAAGACUAUUGAGUGCUAAUUUUGUUAUGGUAGAAGGGAUGUAUGGCAACAUAGAGUUCCGGCAUGUACGGGGAGAGACCACAGGGAAUGUGGUAUUCAAGUUUACUGUGUCUGACUUGGAGGGCAAUAAUCUAAUUGACCAGGACUUUUACAUUACUAUAUUAGAUGAUCGUUCUCCACCCAGGGAGCUUGCCAACAAAGAACUUGUUGUAAAAGAAGGUGAAAGAAUCACCAUAACAACAGAGUACCUGUCCUUCACUGAUGAUGAUUCUGAGCCUGCUACAUUACUCUAUAUACUGAUAGAGAAACCUGAUCUAGGUCAUUUCGAACUAACUAAAAAUCCAGGUAAACCAAUCUCUGAGUUUACCCAGGCAGACAUUGCCGGAAGUCAAGUACAAUAUGUACAUACCAGUGAGACGGAGGAGCAUCGUGACUCCUGCAUGUUCUCCGUGUCGGAUGGCACCAAUGAAGUUAUACGUACAUUCACCAUACAGAUUAGCCCUGUAGAUGACUCUAUACCUGUUGUAACGAAACGUGUUUUACGAGUACAAGAAGGUCUCAGAAAGCUUAUAUCAGAGUUUGAUCUGAAAGCUACUGAUGAGGACACCAAGGAGGAUUCACUGGUCUUCACAAUCACAAGACCGCCUCGUCAUGGGUCUAUACAGCAUCUGACUGACUCGGAGUGGAAAACUACAAAAGUCUUCUCAAUGACAGAGAUCUAUGAAAAUCAUGUGUGCUAUUUACACAAUGGAAGGGAGACAACUCAGGAUAGUUUUAAAUUCACCCUAUCUGAUGGGAGUAAUAACAGAUUUACUAUUCUUUGUGAAUGUCCCAGAAAAUUUCGGGUUUUGACAAAAAGUCAAAGGGAACCAGACCGGUCCAAGAUUUUUGUCCCCCAUCUUGACAGGAAAAAUUUUUUAUUAAUCCGUAAUAGAUUGGUACAGUUUGAUGAAUGGCAGGAUUCAAAAAUGUGCACUAUUAUUAUAAAUGAUGACUCCAUCUUUGAGGGCCGUGAAUCAUUCUAUGUAGAGUUGAUCCAGCCAACAUUUACACUGCUGGGAACCAGACAAAAAACAACAGUGACCAUUGUUGAUAUGGAAGAUGAGCCAGUUUUACAGUUCCAGUAUCCAGAGUAUCAUGUGAAUGAGAGUGAAAGUUACCUGUCUGCAGCAAUCAUUAGAACAGGUGAUAUAAGCAGCACUGUAUCUACUAUUUGUUACACAACUUCCCUGACAGCUCGAGGUAGUCCUCUUGACCGGUUAGACUCCGGGUCUGAUUAUAUAUCUCGUGGAAAUUCUAAUUCCUACAGAGUUAUCUUCCCCUCAGGAAUAACCAAAGCUACUUGUGAUGUCAAGGUAAUUUUGAUGAGAAUUCUUGGAAACUUUGACGUAGAUAUUAUACGCUCGGGCUCGGACCUGUCCCAUACCUCCACUGUGUGGUGUGCUACAAGACUCACUAGCCCACCUUCAGCUGUCUCAGGCCAGGACUAUGUACCCAGCUCAAGUCAGAUCACUUUUGGACCUGGGCAAAAGAUUCAGAAAUGUCACCUGACCUUGUUGGAUGAUGACCUUGACCCCAGGGUUGAAGGAGAUGAAACAUUCAGUAUAUUCCUAAGUUCAGCCGUCAGUAGCAGCCUUGUUAAACCAUUCACUGCUGUUAUACAUAUACUAGAUACAGAACUUGACUUACCAACCAUGAGUUUUCGGGAAGAGGGGUACAAAGUAGAUGAAAGUAAACAGAUAUAUGAUGUUCCGGUGUACCGGACAGGUGACACGAGUUUUGAAUCUUCGGUAAUUUGCUACACUAGACAGAACACGGCUCUUGUUAUGGAGGACUAUAUAGAAAGGAUACUGUCAGAGGAUUCCAGAAUUAUCUUCAAAGCUGGAGAGAAGGUGAAGAACUGUACAUUAGGUAUAGUGGAUGAUGACUUUUUCGAGGAUGAUGAAAUACUUUACCUGAAACUUACUCGACCCCUUGGAUCAGAAACUAUAGGGGCUACAAUAGGGGAAAUCAACUCUACAGAAAUAACAAUCACAAGUUUAAAUGAUGUUCCAAGGAUAGAGUUUGAAAAGUCAGCAUACAGUAUACCAGAACCAAGUGCCAAAGAUCAAAUUGCCAUGGUAACGGUCAAGGUCAACAGACUUGGAGAUGUUUCCAAGGUAGCAAAUGUCAGAUGUAGUACCAGGGAUGGAUCAGCAUUCUCAGGGACAGACUAUAAUCCUAAAAGUCAAAUUCUUCAGUUUGCGGAAGGUGUUAAGAGUUUGGACUUUUCCAUUGAUAUCCUGUACAACAGUGACAUAGAAUGGCAUGAGACAUUUAGUAUUGUUCUCGGUCCUGGGGAUCCAGUUGGGGCAGAGCUUGGAUCAGUUUCUAUGGCAACCAUUACCAUUCUUGACAACGAUGUAUCUGGUAGUCUGGUUCUACCAGCACCACCUUUGGUUGUCUCGCUAUUGAAGUAUGACGAUGUUGAAGCAGGAAUGAAAAUUGAUCCAACACCUGGCUAUCCUCUUGUCUGUAUUACACCCUGUGAUGUUCAUCAUCCAACUUAUAAAGUGACACACAGUCUGUGUGACGAGGCAAAGAUCAACCAGACUGCCAUGUUUUACCGGUGGGAAGUUGGUAUACCGGACAUGGGUGGAUCUAGACCGCCCUUUAUUGAAGUCUCUUACAACACACUCUACACUAGUGUCAACCACAUGGUCCUUGAUUCUAUAUACUUCCGACCAAGUUUCCGCAUCCGUUGUAUAGUCCAGCCUCUUGACGAGAGAGGGAACCCUGGGAUACCAUUAAAGAGUAACCCAGUUACGAUUGGUCGAGACAAUGGUAUUUGUAAAGCACCAGUAUUUUCAGCAUUGCCUUACAGUUAUCAGGCCCAGUCUUUCCAUACUAAACUUGAGUAUGUUGGCACUGAGGACAAACUACAUCCGAAUACCAUUCACAUCACAGUCAAGGUUCCCCAUCAAGACGGAAUGCUUCCACUGAUUUCAACAUCACCGAUAAGCAAUCUGAAAUAUGUUCUUUCUGAACCAGUCUACAGACAACAACAUAUUUGUUCUAAUUUAAUCACACCAAAAGAAAGAGCACCUCUUCUUAAAGCUGGAUUUUUAAAUGGCGAGGAAUACCUACCAAAGUAUUUAUCACCUGGUUUCGAUUUUCCAUAUCAGUUUGAUAGUAAUUUGAGAGAAAAUAAAACAUUGAUGUUAUACAAGUAUUUAGAUUUGAAGAAAUGUUUGUGGACCUUUGAAGCAUGGUAUCACAUGACUGACCUUGUUGACCUUUGUGGAGGUCGUGCAGUGUCAGAUUUCCAGGUCAAGGACAUUGGGCAGACAUACUUGACAGUGAGAGUACCCAUGUAUGUGUCUUACCUGUAUGCAGUAGCACCUAUUGGUUGGGGUUCAUUAGAACACAGAACAGAGCUGGAGUUUUCCUUCUAUUAUGACACUGUGUUAUGGAGGUCAGGUCUGGAAACAGAGGGUGACCUUGGAGGAAGGUUACAGGUCAUGAGAAUUCUCAUAGAUGACAAUGGCAGACUAGUGGUUGACUUUAAAACACAGGCCAAAUUUAGAGGGAUGUAUGUGUUGGACCAUCAUACAUUACCUGGAUACACCAGCCGAUUUGUCUCUGUUGACAGUGAUGUCUCAUUUGACCUUGACCUUUUGUGGGGUCAAAACACGUUUGAUGGACCACAUCAACUCUGGAGGGCAACAAGUGAUUACAGUCUGAAGGACUACACAGGAGAGUACAUGGCUGAACUUAUACCCUGUACAGUACAGUCAACACAGGGCUACACGAUACAUACACCCCCACCCUGCACAGCUCACCAACCACUCAGGUUUGAUGUUCCAAUAGCAUUCCAGCAGACAAAUCGACCAGUACCACUUGAGUACACUCUAAACACACAUUUCCAGAUUACUAACAAUGAGAAAAUGUUUGUUAUGGAUCCAUUUACGGAGGGUUUUGAUAUGGAGGACAUGGACUCUGACACACAUAUAGCUUUCUCUAAAGGUGAUAAGAUAUAUGGUCGUGUUUUGUGGAGCCCAGAACAGAAUCUUAAAGAUGCCUAUACUUUACUGCUGGAAAAAGUCUUUAUUUGUGCAGGACGUGAUGGUCAUAUACCCACGUAUGAUCCUACAGGAACUGUAUAUAAUAAUGGACCACAGUUUGGCUGUAUACAACCUGUUCCAAACCUUAAAUACAGAUUCCUUAUCUUGGACCGAGGGGCUCCAGACAUUACCAACAAGGCAUUCCAGGGUGUUCCUUUUGAUGCCCAGUUUGUGUCAGAGAACUCAAUGUUCUCCAGUCUGUUAUCUAUACAUGGUGUAGAUGGAUUUAUAAUCAGUGUUGAUCCACUUUACAAGGUGACAUCAGGUUUUCAGUGGUAUCUACAAGUCAUGUAUUCUAUUGGACCAACAGAUCUCAGACUUUUUCGCAGAAAGAGAUCUGCUCUUCUCUCAUUGGACAAAUAUAAGAGAAGUCUCGCAGAAAAUACUCAGAUGAAGUACGAUUGGUUAGAAAACAAUACAAGUAAAAAUGGAACAAAUAUUAAAGUACUGCAUUUAAAUAAUACUCAGGUACUUGAAAGUACAGACAAUAAGCAAAGUAAUAAUUUAACUCCUGUUUUAUUACCUAUUAUAAUAGUUAUAGUAAUAAUAAUAGCAGCAGUGAUUUUAUUUUUCCUCGUGCGUCGGAAAAGGAGAAGAAAAAACCAUACACCAGAACCUCCAAAGAAGAGAAACAAUUUAGAACUAGCACAACAAAAUUCUGUGAUUUUUAAAGGUAAUCAAAAUUUCUCGGUGCGUGCAGGGUCGAGCUUAGAACUCAAGGAGUCGGUGAUUUAUAAAGGUGAUCAUGGGAAAACAGCAGUUAGGGUAAAAGAUACAAAUAUCCAGAAAAAUAAAAAUAUUUCCAAAGGAAACGGGACAGAAGUGUGAUAAUUUUUUAUUGUUUUAUUUCCAUUUUUUGUUGUAUGGUAUUUGUUGGUAUGGUUAUUUAUUUUGAUGUCUGUGAGUUAUGUAUGUUGUGUGUACAUGUAUAUUUGACUUGAAAGUAAAUAGGCCAGUCUUCUUUUUUAACACACUUGUUUUAUAUAUGUAAGUGUAUUCUAUAUUAUGAAUAUUGUCUCCACUGAUUGUGAAACAAUACAAAACUUGUUAUUGUUUACAGAAUUAUCCUUUAAAAACAGGGACCAAUCAGAUAGCAAGAUAUUAUUCAGUACAGAUCUUUCCUUAAAUAGUAUACUAUUAGGUUAAUCCAGUACUGGCUUUAGACAGGUUUAUAUUAUGUUAUAUAGAAAGAUCUAUUUUGCUUGUUUUCUAGCAAAAUUAGAAUAACUCAGGACUGAAUAUUUCAACUACAGCAAAUAAUUCAUUUAUGUGCCAUGGUUUGUAGUUAACCAAACGUUGUUAUUAUUAUUACAAUGUAAUUUAGUAUGUAACUUGCCAAAAUAUGUCAUACUGCUGUGAGUUAUACUUCAUACAAGUAAACUUCAGCAUUUUUAUCGAAAAAAUUUCUAAUCUUAUCAUUUUUCUUUCAUGAGAAAAAGAGUACUUACCCAAAUAUUUCUAAUAUCUUUGAAAACUCUCUGACAAAAUGUUAAAUUUUUGGCAGAUUUUGCAGGGCAGAAUCAGUGUGGAUUUUCGGCUUUUUGGCAAAAAGUUCACUUGUCUAAUACGAGGGUGAAUACGCCAGGUAUAUAAAAAAAAUCCCUGCGAUAUAAUUGAAAAUAGGGCUGCCUCUUAUAAGAGGGUAUAUACAGUAAUAAUAGUGUAAAGUAUUAAAAUGAGGGUUUCUGUUUAUUUGCAGAUGGGGUAAUUUAAAAUGAGCAUUUUGAGUUCUUGUCCUGAUAACUUCCCUAGCCCAAAAUUUUUUUGUGUAAUCAGUCAUUUAGAUUCAAUAAUACCAAUAUUUCUAUACACAAAAAGUUGAAAUGUAGCUUCAUACAAAUUUUUAAAGUCAUUACAAAACCAUGUUUUGAAUUUCACACCACCUUACCAUUUGGGUAUUCAUUCUACGUUAUAUUAUUAUACUAACUAUAGGUCUAUGGGAAUACUAGUUUGAAAACACAAGCAAGGCUUCUCAAAAGAUAGCAAAUAAUUCUAAAUAGAAAUUAAAACUGCUGACUUGUAGGAAAAAUUCAUCAUUGCAUACACAAAUGUUGGAAUAGAAAUUUUCUGCUUUAUUCAUUAGCACGGAUAGAAGUUAUGCAUCCCAAAGUCAGUAAGUUUGAAAGUAACA